GGGCCCGGGGGUAUUUCCAUCCGCAGCACUCGGGGCGCUCAUUGCCAUCGGGGUGCAGACAGCAAAGCCAUGGCCGAGGAGCAGCGGGACCUCAUCUCCGACCGCGGCAGCAACGUGCUCAAUGUCAGGGACACCCAGAGGUCUGCGUUGGGCCGCAAAGCCGCCUUCUCCACGCUGUCCAUCCUGGUGGCCCUGCUGAUUGCUGGCCAGGCUGUCACCGUCUACUUCGUCUACCAGCAAAGCGGGCAGAUCAGCAAGCUGAUCAAGACCUCCCAGACCCUGCAGCUGGAGGCACUGCAGAGGAAGCUGCCUGCCAGUGCCAAGCCAGUGAACAAGAUGAAGAUGGCCAUGGUGAGCAUGCCCAUGGCCAUGAAGGUCCUGCCUCUUGCCCCCUCUACAGGCAACACGGUUAUGGCCCCUGCUAGCAACAGAACUGAGGACCAAGUGAAGCACGUGCUGCUGCAAGCAGACCCCAGGAAGAAGUUCCCGGAGCUGAAGGACAACCUGUUGGACAACCUGAAGAACCUGAAGAACACCAUGACUGAUAGAGACUGGAAGUCCUUUGAAUCCUGGAUGCAGAAGUGGCUGCUGUUUGAAAUGGCCAAGAACCCCAAGCAGGAGGAGCGUAAGGCGAUCCCGGUGGAGAAAGUGCAAACUAAGUGCCAGGCAGAGGCCAGUUCUGGGGGUGUCCGGCCAGGCCACUUCCGCCCGCAGUGCGAUGAGAACGGCGACUACCUGCCCAAGCAGUGCAAUGCCGCCACGGGCUACUGCUGGUGCUCCUACAAAAAUGGCACCAAGAUUGAGGGCACUGCCACUCGGGAAAAGCUGGACUGCCCUGACACCCCCGCCAUGGAGCUGGAGGACAUGAUCUUCUCCGGGGUGGACAUGCUCAAGCUGGGUGCAGAGAAAGCCAAGUAGAAGAGGACACCUGCAGACACCCGUCCCCUCUUCAGCACCCCAGCUCCUGUGUUUUACUUUUUUGCUCUAUUUCAUUUCUGCUCUUACACUGCUUUCCCAAGAUGAUUAAUAGUGGGCACCCCUGCAUGCUCCUGCCCCUUGAGGCAUCGGUUGCAACCCUUCUCCUGCUGCAGGGCACCAGACGGGGCUGAGCUGCCACCAGGAUCAGUGCUAGAGAGAGAGUGUUCCCUCAAGAGGGUGGGUAAAGCAGGCUGGAAAAUUAUUUUAAUGAUGUCAGAUGUGUUAAGUCCCGUUCCCUUUUGCUCAUCGGCAUACCACAGCACCCGGGGAGCCACAGGCGCAGAGCUCAGCCCUGCUGAAGAACAGCCACUAAUGCUUUCUUAUGCUGAACAAACAUUAAAAGCAGCAAAACAACCUCCACCAGCUUCUUAACUGACCCCCAUAGGUUGAAGCCCUGUUAGAUUACUAGAGCAGGUUUUUUUUUUUUUCUUGUGGAUAUUCAGUUUCAUAGAGCUAGAUGCUCAAGUUCAGCUUUUACCUUCAGGCUGGAGAACAGCUGCAGCAGUGAGCAACAGCGGGCAGAGGAGCUGACCCUGGAGUCUCAGGGGCUUCUAGUUUUUCUGAAUAGAUCUGAUAAUGACCUCACAAGCUAAUUUUUUCAAAUAAACUUUUGAAUAAGAAA